AUGAACGUGAGGCGAGACAAGGCUCAGGUGGGUGACGUCUCUAUUCCGGCUGCAGCGGCGGCGGCGGUGGCGGCGGCGGCAGCGAGCCCUCCGGAGUGCCUCUUGGGGGAGCCCGGGUCGUGCAGCUGGCCGAGGGGGGACAGCAUGGACGGGCCGGCGGAGCAGCGCCUGACGCCCAGCAGCGACCUGCCGCCGGUCUACUCGUGCCCCGUCAGCAGGGACAGGCAGGGCAGCGAGAACGCCAACAACACGGCCGGGCCCGAAGGGGCGGGCGGCGCCUUGCCCGUGGUGCAUAGAACCACCUCCUUCUCGGUCCUGGACAUCCUGGACCCCAACAAAUUCAACAGCAAGAGCCGCAGGCACUGCGCCGUGCUCUACAAAGCCGCGGCCGGCGGAGAGUACACGCUGGUGAGCGAGGAGAAGCUGGACGAGGCGGGCGCGGAUGCCAAGGCUCUGGCUGACGACUUCCAGGCAGCCAGGAGAAAGUCCGCGGCCGACCUGCGCAGUAAGUACCACGGGCCGCCCUCGCCGCCUUCCUGGCAACCCCGACCCCGCAGCAGCAGCAGCAGCAGCCAGGGGGUCCCGUCUAAUCGCCUGCAUUGGCUUGUCCGCCACUUCUGUCUCCGCGCAGGAGGCGUUCCUCUGUUGUUGCGGGCCAGCCAAGGGGAGCAGAGGCACUCAGGAGAGCGGGCAAGCCCCCGAGGCCCUCUGCAGAGAGGGGGAGGGAGGGCUUGGCGGAACUCUUCCCGGUCAGUCGCGCCCAAAGUUUUGUGCCAGGCAAUGCCACCAAGUGGGGAACUCGCCCUCCAGGUUCCCAUGCUAGGCAGAGGGAGAGGGAGCCUGGGAAAGGAGGAAGAAGCCUCCUUUCUCGGCCUGGAGAAUCUCUCUUGCCGGAGAGGAAGGGGCCCGGGCCGGCGCUCCAGCGCUGGAAGAUGCCUGCUUUGUGCGCUCCUCAGCUUUAAGGCCAGGGCAGGCUCGGCGAACUGCUUUCUUGGACUCAGGCUGAAGGGAACGGACAAGCCAGGCAGCAUCCUGCAACUCCAGGUGGCCGGCUAGGUUCUCAAGAGAUGGCACCACGCAGCCAAGUCCCCUUUUGAAGGAAAGGCAGCCCCGACAACCGCCUGGGCCACUGGAGAGCGGCUGGCGUUAGCGGGAAGCCUGCCAGAGCCCUCCAAUUGCUUCAGAACCGCAACCGCCGCCUUUCCUGCCCGGGUUCUGGUUCCCCAGGUUAACCUUUUUCGGGGUAAAAUGUGCCUUUAAGGUCCAGGGAUGUUCUUUUUAAAAACACACACACACACACACACACACAAGCACAGAGCUGGCUUUUUGCUCCCGGCGACAGAUUCAAUUUUCUCUCUCUCCCUCCCUCUUUAGCUUUUUUUAAGGACAAAUCAGACUAAUUGUGACAAAAUGCUGGUUAUCUCUGGAAAAACAAUUAAAUUCCUUCGAUUACAUUUAAAGUAAAAUGUGCUUAGCAGCGUAAAGAGGCUGCAUAAUGGGGGAAAUCGCCCCAGAGUGGCGUGUAGGACUGAGCGGGUCGAUAUCCUAUUAUCGAAUUGUGCAUAUCUCUUUCAAGCACCUUGCAAACUCUCGCCUAACAUCUAAAUUAUAGGGUCAAAAUUCGGAUAAUUACUCGAUUAAAACCUAUUACACUUAUUAGGGCUGCCUAUCGACCGGGAAGGGCGUUCGACCCGGGCGCCAGAUUGCUUUUGCCUCCCCGGGUCCCUGCUAGGCUCCCGACGCCCCCUCCCUCGCCCUUGCUCCCCCCCGGUUCCUAGGCUGGGACACCCCUGCGUGGGACCGGGGGGCCCCGGGGUGCUGGAAGAAGCUCCGCUCCGAAGCCGGGCUGGUCUCUGCCGCCAGCAGAGCCGGCCACAUCCCCGGGAAGCGCGAGCCGCCGGAGGCCUGCGCAAAGUCAGCAGGCGCGCAACUCCAUGCCCCGCGGUUCGCAUCCAGUCUCCAAGGCCUGCGUCUACUCUUGAGCCCCGCGCUCCGGGACACUCCGGCUUCCAGCCACUUGGCCAGGGAGCCCAGAGGGGUCCUAGGGUUGAUCGGGGCCGCGGGUAUCCCAAACACUCCUGGCCAGGAGGCGCGGAGGCCCAGCUCUCCUACUCCCAGUGCCAGGGCCCGUCUGGACCCCCCUCCUGGGGCCAGAUCCUAAGGGCGUGGUGGGGCAGGAGAGGGACUUCGAGGAGUUUGGGGACCUCGAUCGGAGAGACUGCUGCGCUCGCACUUUUCUUCUAGGCAAAACUUUGGGGCGCAGUCGGAAAGCCUCCUACCGAAGCUCCCCGAAAGGAUACAGUUUUGUGGCAAGAAAUGCCCACGCGCAAGAAAUGCCGCACACAUCCAGAGGCUUUGCAAAAUCAAACCAGUUUGCCUAAACUUUCACUGAGCUUCAAAUUUCCCGAUCGCGCGCCGGAGUUUCUGCACCUUUCCCCGGGGAGGCGACAAGCGAAGCUUUGGAAAGCUCGAUUGUCCGACAACUCCCCACUUCAGAAAUGAGGUUGUGGUUUCUUUUGUCCGGCGAGGAUCCAGCAACAGCCGGCGUUAAACAAUUUAUCUAUAAAUUCGUUUACACCGAGCCAAAUUUGAGAUCCGCUGUACAAUUAGUUCUGGUUUAAAGGAGGUCGAUAUUGCACAGGAGGGAAAUCUGUGUAUUUUACGCCCAAGCCUUGUAUCCUGGAUUUCAUGUUUCCUCCAAUAAUUUAAGUGCGCGAACUUCCCUGAGAAGUUUGGGGGGUCUUGGCGAUUUAAGGCUUUUAAAACCAAACAAACAAACCAUCCCCAGGCCGCGUUUUGCCACCCGGGAGCUGCUCGCUUCCGAAAAGUGAGAUUUUCUUCUUCGCUCAUUUGCCUCGUCGGCGAAAGCAAAACACUGGGGAGGUCUGGGGGCACCGGCAAGAGCCCGACUCUCGCCCGAGUCCCAUUAAUUGGCGAUUAAUAUAUAACCCCAAACAAAUUAAGUGACCGCUAACUGCUUUGUACAUUACACAGAAUUGGUUUAAUUAAGUUUGGAUCUGCUCUAGCAAUCGAUACAAGUAUUUGGUCCAAUUAAAUCCUUCUUUCAGGGGAUAACCAAAAAAACAAAAACAAAAAAAACGAAUAAGCAAAUAACGGAGAGACAAAGCUUUGAUGGGAACUGAGCGACGUACUGCUUGCUUCUCCGGCUCCAUUCGGAUGAAGGGCACUUUCUGACCUUUUUUUAAAAAACAAAGAACAACAGCAAGCUUUUUAAAAAUCAAGCCAUGAAUUGCAUGUGUUCUGCCUGCCUUCAACAAGUCCUUUUCAGUAGGGAAUGAGGGGGCCAUUAUUUCCACGAAAUCUGGGUGUUGCGGGACGGAGUGCCGGCCAUUCGCCCAGCUCAGCUGGCUGGAGAGAAGCGUUUCUCCGGGCUUCCCCCGCGGUCCGCUCCCGGCUUCUCCGGCUUCGAUUUGCGCAGGCUGCAAGGCAGCCAGCGAAGGGCGCCGAUCCUUUGACCAAUGAGAUCGUGCUUAUUAUUUUUAUAAUCAUUAAGCUUUUUAAAAAAAUAAAAAAAUAUUAUUAUUUAGUUGGAGUUUCGUCCUCCAAGUUGAGCCCGCGCGUUCCUGGCAGGGCAGUACUUUUAGGAAGCCAAAACAACGUCUUCUUUCCGUCGACUGAUAAUCUGAAGUCUAUAGUGCAAGAUGCCAGCAGCCUAGAAAGUCACCCCAGGCGUCCCAUCUCCAACCAUGCCAGGGAACACGCUUUGGGAACUUAAGGGGGACCCGGAGUUUUGUGGUUUGGCGGUUCAAAGCAGGGGAGUGAAACCUCCCCCUGGGCCUGGUCUCCCCUUCUGGGGGUCCUCUGGGCGCUUCCCAGCGCGACUCGCAGGCCCCCGCUUCCGGACCCCCUGGAUGGCUCUGGACGCGCGCGAUCAGACCCCCAAAACAACAGAGGCGACCAUCGCCUGGCGGCCUGCCGCGAAGGAGGAAGCUCCUGGUGUCGCCCCCCCCCCCCCGCCAGCCCCCUCCCUCUCCCCGCCAGCAUUAUCCUAAAUUGCAGCGGCAGAGCAUUCAACAAACAGGUCCCGGGGCUCAAAGGCGACGCCACCCACCUUCAGGCCGCGUCCAAAGGCCUCUGCCGCGCUCAAGUUUCGCCUUUCCAAACAGAGCUUCCGGCCAGCGGGCCUCCCCGGUUGCCCCUCCGAUGGCUUGGACGAGCUGACCUCACACCCGGGCCCCGCUUCUGCUUCUUCAUCUGCCACUCCCCGAACUUUCAAGGCCGCAAGUUGCGGACAAGGAGUGGGAGUAAGGCGUGUAGAGGGUGGGACUAAUAAUAAUAAUAAUAAUAAUAAUUUUGAAGUAGUUUUAUCUUGCCCAAGGUAACCCAAAGUGACUUACAACCAACCAACUAACCAUUCCUUGCUUUGCGUAAAGGGGGCAUUCACAGUUAUUUUUCUGAAGGGGGAGAAGGAAGUAAAAACUAAAAACAAAUAGACAAAGCUAACUUGCACCAGAGAGCAGGUCUUCAGCGGUGACGCCUGGACAGACCUGGUCUCUGAGAACUGGUGCUCCAGGUCUGUUGCCCACCAGGUGGACUUGGCGUCCAGACCACUCUCUGUCCGUUCACCACUGACCACCUGAAUUAUUUCCCUGACUCCAUUUACUUCCUUCCAGCCUUUAUUAAUUGCAUUGCUCUGACAAUCAACUUCACAGCCCGCUGCAUUUAUCUUUAAAACAAAACAAAACACAACAAAAGCACACGACCCAAAUACCAGGUUAACAACACUGAGCUAUACUUUAGGGCUGUCCUAAAGUACUUCAGCAAAAUGGGUAUAACGACACUAGGUUACUUUGCAGCGCUGGCGAGACCCCUCAAUUUCGCAGGCACCCUCCUGUCCCCUGCAAUAUGGCAGAAACAUGGAGGAUUUUAUGCGCAUUGGUAUUAACAGAAUGAAGAAAAUCACAAUUUUUUUGGUAUGAAAAAAGACCCAAGUUAGAAACAUUAUGAGCUCCCGUCUUGGCUGUUACCUUGGCUGACACGCUUUUAUUAUGAAUAAAUUUAUCAGUAAACAAUACUACCCUAAUUAAAGCUAAACCAAAACUCCAGACCCCCGAAUUGUUUUCCUGUGGGGCAGCAAUCUUUUUUUUUCCCUGCCAGCGAAGACCAGCAGAAAAGGUUUUAUAAAAGACCAAGCGUCUCACCUUCUGUUUGUUUCAUUGGCUCGCUCUGCUUUUCUAGAUCUCGGUCCCUGAUACAACUUAAUUCUUAAAGCACCGAGAGCAGGCCGGGCAGGGAGGCAAGUUUCUCACGAAACAAAUGAGAAUGGCUACUAGAAACUUUCUUUUUUAAAUGAAAAGUGGGAAUCUGGAGUAUUAAGGUGGGGGAAGGAGAGACGGCCCCCUCCGCGGUGCGGACACCAAUGCCCACCAUCAGGAUCACGAAUAAUGAAAAAGUGGCUAAGUAGACGCGCCUAGCUUUUGAACGACACAUUUCUGACCCCUGCUAGGGCAGAACCGCAAAUCCACGUAUGUUUGCAGAACUGUAGUCUGAGGAACUUAUGGGGGGAGGAAUAGGAUGAGCAAACUAGAACCGAGAGACUUCGGUUGUGCGGGUGGCGAAAUGUGCCCAAGACGGAAUGGCUGGCAAAGGAAUGUCUCCUCCUUUCCCGUGUUCGACGGGCUGCGCCUGGCGCUGCUGUCCUGGGGGCGAGGACCCGGCCCGGCUCUGCGCCGGCCACCCCGGGCCCAGGAGGGGCUGUAUGUGUGCUUUGCGCGUGGAGGGGUGGGGGCGAGGACGGCCGCAGGAGCCCGCCCGGCUCACUCUCUUUCGUUUGUGUGUGCAGAGCCCGGCGAGCUGUACCGGAGCGAGGAGGCCGAGCUGGAUCCGAGCAAGCGGAGGAGCCCCUGCGCGGGCAGCGAAGCCCCCGACGAGGAGGAGGACGAGGAGGAAGAGGACGAGGAGGAAGAGGAGCUGUGCAGCGAGGAGAGCAGCAGCCACAGCGAGGGCGGCGCCCUCGAGGCGGGAGGCGGCGGCAGCCUGGCAGCGGACGACCUUGGGGCUCACCCGCCGCCCCCGCCGCCUCAGCAGCCCGGAGGCGCCUCCGGAGGGCAGCCGCCGCAGCCUCAGGCCCAGGCGCAGGGCCAGCAAGCAGCGUCGGUGGCGUCCGCGCCGUCGGGCAAAGCCAAGCGCAAGCGCCCGGGCUCGGAUUCCAAGUCGGGCAAGCCCCGCAGGGCGCGGACAGCGUUCACGUACGAGCAGCUGGUGGCUCUGGAGAACAAGUUCAAGGCCACGCGGUACCUGUCGGUGUGCGAGCGUCUUAACUUGGCGCUGUCCCUCAGCCUCACCGAGACGCAGGUCAAGAUCUGGUUCCAGAAUCGGCGCACCAAGUGGAAGAAGCAGAACCCCGGCGCAGACACCAGCGCCCCGACGGGCGGCGGCGGUGGCGUGGGGGGCGGCGGUGGAGGCCUGCCCGGCGCGCUAAGCCCCCUCAGCCAUUCGCCCCCCAUGGGGGGCCACGGCCUGGCCAUGCACGGCCCGCCGGGCGCCUACGGCAGCCACCCGGCCGGCGGGCUGGUGUGCGCAGCCCAGCUGCCCUUCCUUCCCAGCCCCGCCGUCCUCUCGCCCUUCGUGCUGGGCUCGCAAACCUACGGCGCGCCCGCCUUCUACACGCCGCACCUCUGA